AUGUCACAAAGUGUACACAACUUAAGCUACCUGUGCGACAAUGAAACAGUCGAUUUAAAACAUUAUUUGUCUAUGAAUUUAACAAUACAUGAAAUAAUUAAAUUAGUUUGUCUUGAAGAUGAAAUCCCCGAUGAGUUUACUGAAAACACUAUUAUUAUUACUGUCUAUACAAUGAUAAUAAUGAUAUCCCUUUUUGGCAAUUUGUUUGUCUUGAAAGUUACAUUUAAUUUGCGGACCACAACAAACUUGUUGAUAGCAUCCCUGUCCAUUUCGGACCUAAUAGUAACCCUAUUUAGUAUACCGUUUAACGUAUCGCGAUUGAUAAUGGACGAGUGGCCAUUUGGACAGUUCAUGUGUUUUAUGGUACCGUUCCUUCAAAUAAUGGCCGUUUAUGUAUCCAGUUUUACAAUGGCUGUGAUAGCCAUAUAUCGUUGGCGAUCAGUUAGCUCUGUAGUACCGGUGCAGUCCUGGUCACGACUCUAUUUGUUGGCAACAAUUAUAGGCACUUGGAUUUUGUCGGCCAUAAUGGCUAUACCUCUGUCAAUGUUUAACAAAAUACAAAUCGUUGAGUCGUAUAAACCGGUAACGCGUUGCAGGAAUUUAUAUCCCGAUUCCCGACACAACAUAUCAUUGAUGCUAACAAUUGAAGUAUUUCUAACACAAUAUGUGAUACCACUGUCGUGUGCCGGCAUUAUUGUAAGUAUUUAA